AGGGGUGUGUGGUGCACGCAGAGCAGUCCUGGUGCGGCGCGGGGCGGUAAUGUGAUGCCGGGGGCUGGCGACCGACGCGUAGCACUGAGCCGUGCGGCGGGCUGUGAGGACGAGCGGUCUCACUGGAAAAGGACCGGUGCAGAGAGGAGCUGAUGGCGCUGCUCCAGCGGUGAACGGCGGCGGCCACGUGCAGGGUUUUACCGCUGAUGACAUAGUGGCGCACAGACUGACACGUAGCAGGCAGCCAGAGGUAAUCGCCGAAGCUGUGAAACUGCCUUCAGAGAGACCACUGCAGUCUUUGUGGGACUGGCAGGUCGCGACUGGUGACGGCCACCGAACUGGUGACUCGCGGCUGGUGAAGGCUGGUGCUGGAUGCUCGGUGUGGUGACGAUGGCCGGUGACCGGUGACGAGUGAGCGGUGACGAGUGACUGGUGAUAAUCGGUGACCUAUCAACUGUGACGGCUGCACAGAGGGUGUCAAUCAGCGGGGUCAAUGAUGAGUGAAUCGACCACAUCUCCAGCUGAGCUGAACGUCUCGUCUCGGCCGCUGGCGGCGCUCCGGUCCGGCUAUGACCUGCCCGUGUACGGCCUCGACGACGGUAACUUUCUGAGGCUGCACGUGGUGGCGCUGUCGCUCAUCUUCUGCAGCCUGGCCUGCGCCAUCGCCGUGGUCGUCUGGAGCUUCCGCACACACACCACCAAGUUCUUCACCUGGUCACAAGGGGAGCGGAUAGCGGUCUACAUGGCCUUCUGCGAUGGCUUGUUCAACAUUUCUCACUCGCUGGACCACCUGCACUACGUCAUUCAGCGGGACCACGUCACGCCGGCCGGACUGUGCGUGUUCUACGCCAUGUUUCUGCUCGAAUUUAUGACGUCACAGAUUCUGCUGGUCAACAUCACGGCCAUCAACGCGUUCACGCUGGUGUACCGGCGGCGGGCGCUGGACUUUGGCGUCGGCGACCGUCGCCUGCUGCUGUACGUGUACGGCGUGCCCUGCGUGCUGGCCGUCAGCCUGGCGGCCGCCGGUCAGCUCGGACCCAGCGGCGCCUUGUGA